AUGCAGAAUGAAUUGAAUGAUCUUGAGCGGGAACUCGAUGCGCUCGACAAGCAAGAUGGGCGAGACGAAAUAUUGCAGGCGAGGCUUCGCGGCUUCGAUGGUUCGGAGCUUGAAGGUUGGACCAACGAGCAGCAGACGCUGUGCAUGAAAAUACAGGAAAAGUACGUGAUAUACGCCGAGGUCCUCUUGAAGGAUGCAAGCCUUCGUGCUCUGGGCAAGCCGCCUCCCAGGAACCACAUGGCCAAUUUCAGAUGGAUGCAUAAUACCAAAGCUCUGAAGGAGGAUAAACGCGACUUCUUGAACCACCCAGAUGACUUUGUGUCCAUAAGCCGACAUUCUGACCGUCGUUUUGAAGAUUUCAUAGAAUCAUGGCUUGAUAAAAGAGGGCCGAAUUUCUUCAUCAAGGUGAGUGAACGAUCGACUUCUUGA